UAGAACAACGAUAGCACAACUUAGCAGGCGCAAAAGCUGCAAAAGGUGAUGACAUAAAUUUACGCACAGCCUGCGACCCCCGUGAGGAUAAGCGGUUCAGAUAAUAUAUGAAUGAAUGGGUAAAAAUAAGAUUAUGGUCAAAGGGUGUAGCGCAGCGUUAUAAAGACACAAACGCCCCCGCCCCCUGGUUUAUGCUGGUCAUGUGGCCUCCUCCACGAUUUGGAUUCAGGGCUCGGGCAGGCGGGGUUGAGAUGGCGGACAAUUGCAAACCUGUGUUUUUUGAGAAACAAUCAUGCGGCUGAUGUAAUUCUCAGCGAUUCCAGUGAUUUCUCUGCACUUGAUUCCAAACACGACAUGGAGGUAACGUCUGACGGAGAUGCGGCGGAACGCAGGCGGGAGCUCUGGAAGUUGUUGUCCAGCCUGAAGACCACAGUGGAGGGCCUCCUGUCUACAAACAACCCCAAUGUUUGGUCCCGCUAUGGCGGCCUACAGCGCCUGCACAAGGACAUGAACAAUAUUCUCAGUCAUGGACUGAAGAAUGAGCAGGUGUAUUACAAGCAGAGAGACUACUGGCCGUUUGUCUGGUGUGUACGUCAAAUAAGCCCUCAGCUUGCCUCACACGUCGAACAGUUCAGUCAGCUGGAGCCGGUACUGAGCAGCAGGGUGCAGAGUGCCGGUGAAAGCUACAAGGCAGAGCGCUGGUUGCUUCACAGCUUACAGGUCCACAUGCUCUCGGCUCAGCUCAAACCUCUGCUCAGGCAUCAGGGACAUACAAGAAAGUACUACAAUGAAGAUGCCUUCUUGCUCAGUGAGCCGCAUGUCACCGCCAUGUUCCAGUGUCUCGAAGCUGUGGAACAAAAUAACCCCAAACUGCUGGCCCAAAUAGAUACAGUGGGGUUGUCCCCGCUCAAGAUUCCGCCGUGCCUCGGCCUCUUGAAGAGCCAGAGCUUGUGUGUUUUGCCCGGCACUGGCGAGCCCUGGAGAAGUGCUGAAUCGACACCCAUAAAAGAGCCUCUAAACCGGAGGCUCACAGCAUCCCACUGCUCACUUAGAGAUGUGGCUGCCACGAACACCAACGACAACAUGAUAGGCGUUGGAAACAGCUCGAAUACUACCUCACAAUCCAGCAGCCUAGGUCCUCCCUGGGUGUGUCUGACCAGGCCGGAAGAGAGUGAGCGGGGUGUGACGCCUCCUCAAGGACAUGCGUCCAUACCCUCCAUCUCUCUUUCAGAGUCUCCCUCACCGUCCUCCCCACAGCCUGACACGGGAGAUUCAGGUGAUGGCGAAUACGACGACGGUCCAGAGUACCUGGCCAUCGGUAACCUGGGCCAACGAAGUCGCCGCGACACCCAAAGCUCUACACACAGCUCCACGCACAGCGAGCCCAGCAAGAACAAGGACCGGUCCCUGCAGCCAAGUUCUCUGGCUCUACCUCCACUCAGGCGCUCGUCUUUCUCAGAGGGCCAGCGAGAGCUCGGCAGAGGGGUUCGAGGACACACCCGCUCAUUUUCUGAUACGGGAAUCACUCAAAAACUCAGGACAGAAGGGGCCCACCGGAAAAUCACCGUAAUAAUUGAGGAUCCGGUAGCAGAAACGAGGAGCGAAGACUGCUGCAUUAAGGAGUUCAACCCUUUCUCACCUCCGUGCAGUGACAUCAGCACGCCCACUUCCCUUUACAUGGAAUCUCAUCCGUCCCAGUACAGCAAGACCGCAGAUGGUUUGUUCAGGAAGCCAUCAAAAGGCCAGAGCCUCAUCAGCUACUUGUCAGAGCAGGACUUUGGCAGCUGUGCUGACCUUGAAAAGGAGAACGCUCACUUCAGCAUCUCCGAGUCCCUUAUUGCAGCCAUCGAGCUGAUGAAGUACAACCUGCGGCGUCAGCAGGAGGAGGGUGACGAGGAAGGAGACAGCGACUCUGAGAUUCAGCAGCUCAAGCAGAAGAUCCGCUUGCGAAGGCAGCAGAUCCGUCGCAGCCGCCUGCCCCCCUGCACAACGCCCCACCACUUGUUUCAUUCAACGGAUAGCAGCGGUUCAAGGAGGAGCUCCCAGGACUCCCAUCAGGGCCUAUCCGACUCCGACUCUGCAGAGGAGGUGGAGGAGUGUGAAUUACGGGAUGGCUGUGAGGGUCAGUCCCUGCUGGCGGUGUCUCAGAAUGGCCUCUCCUUGUCACUUGCCUCGCUCUUCUCAGAAGCAGACAUAAAGCGCAGCGUAAGCACCAGCAAGUCUUUUCUGAGCUCAGAUUCCAUUUCCACCUCCUUCCUUCAAUCCAACUCAGCCGAGUCGGUCGCCAUGGGUUUGCUCCGACAGUUUGAGGGCAUGCAGCUUCCGGCCGCUUCCGAGCUUGACUGGCUGGUUCCAGAACAUGAUGCCCCACAGAAACUGUUGCCCAUCCCAGACUCACUUCCCAUCUCUCCUGAUGACGGUGAGCAUGCAGACGUCUAUAAGCUAAGGAUUCGGGUACGAGGGAACUUGGAGUGGGCGCCGCCCCGACCACAAAUUAUCUUCAACAUUCACCCUCCACCAAAGAGGAAGAUCAUCGUGGCGAAACAGAAUUACCGCUGUGCUGGUUGUGGGACUCGCAUUGACCCAGAUUAUAUUAAAAGACUACGUUACUGCGAGUACCUCGGGCGUUACUUCUGCCAGUGCUGCCAUGAAAAUGCGCAAGUUGUGGUUCCCAGUCGAAUUCUGAUCAAGUGGGACUUCAGCAAAUACCAUGUGAGCAACUUUGCCCGUGACUUGCUGAGCAAGAUUGCUGGAGACCCACUCUUCAAUCCGAAUGACAUCAACAGCAACCUUUACAAGAAAGUUAAAGCUCUGGAGUCUGUUAGGGUUUUGAGAAUGCAGCUGUUUCAUAUGAAAACUCUCUUCAAGACAUGUCGCUUUUCAAAAGAGGUUCUCGAGCAGUUUGACAGUCUGCCCUGUCACCUGACGGAGGACCUGCACCUUUUUUCCCUGAAUGACCUUCUGUCUGUGCGCAAUGGAGAAUUGGCCCCCCGAAUGAAGGAGUUACUUAAACUCGGCACUGUGCAUGUAGCAGGCUGCGUGUUGUGCCAGGCAAAGGGCUUCGUGUGUGAGUUCUGUGGCAACGAGAAAGACAUCAUCUUCCCCUUCCAACUGAGCAAGUGCCAACGCUGCGAAGACUGCCACGCUUGUUACCACAGAGUCUGCUUCAGAGCCACCAAGGACUGCCCUCGUUGUCAGAGGCUGGCCCAGCGCCGCGUGAUGAUGGCACGCAGGAACAUGGAGCAGCAAGAGGACGAGGGCGGUGGAACUUAGUAGGAAAAUGCAAAGCUGAGAAGUUGACGAGGAGCACAAUGUGACUGAUUCUUAUGCCUCCGUUUCACCCGUUUAUCAUGUGCUUUUGUCCAACUAACUACUGUUUGUCACAAAGCAACUUUCACUCUAGUAGCACUUAACACUGGAGAACGCGUCCAAUGUGAAAAAGGAGAUUUGUGCACCUUUUGUGAGAAGUGAGUGUUUGCUGCUCUACCACGUGAGAUGUUCCUCUACUAGAAAGGCAAGCUAUGAUACACAAUUGUCAGUUUCAUUGGCACUUAAUUUGUUUUUCUCUGCAGUAAAACACGCACACAGCUGAUAACCCAGGGUUGAUAUUUGUCUAUUAUGAUUUUUUUUUAGCUCUUGCCAACAGUUGCUUUUCCGUGCUUCUGUCAUAUUUUGGACAAGUAGUUUUGAUUUAAAAACAAUGAAUGAUUUAAAAGAAAAUGAUCAAAUAUAUAAAAAAAAAAAAGAACCUUUAUGAUUGAUUUUCAAUGUACAUUCCUCCCUUUAUUAUGUUUUAAUGGAUAAUACUUUUUUUUAGUGUUUUAAGCCAUAGACACCUGUGCCUCGAGACCAAAAAAAUUGGCAGGGCUAUCUUGCCUUGUUAACCGUCGAGCUUAGGAGCCUCCAAAGAUGGGGAAGAACCUACAAUAAAGGUACAACCACAGCAGAGUUUGUUCGUAAGCUCAAAAUUUGGGACAGAAUUUUGCUGCAUUUUAAACUGCUAAAGCCAGGGCAGAGUUAAAGCUAACUGUCUUGAAUUGGUCCAGUGAGAUUUCAGGGGGAUGUAAACAAUCUAGAUGCGCUCAUUAGUUUAUUCCCCUUUGCAUUGUGUAUUUUAUUUUUUCAUUAGACUGACUUGAAUUAGUGUGCAAUUCUACCUGCUGUACUUUAUGCAUGGUUUACACAAGUCUAAAUAGCACUUAACAUUUUCCUCAAAUGCCACUGAAUUGGCAUUCUUAGAGAAAUUCCAUUUUAUUGCACUGACUUUUUUGUGGGGGAGGGUGGAUAGACAUGUCACUUGUGGGAUUAGUUUCUGAUGUUCAUCAGAACAUCAUUCUUCACUCUCCCAUCACAGGGGUGAACAAGAGUAUUAAUGCGCUCUAUCCCAAAUGCACAAUGUCAACUGAAUCCAAAUCCAAUCUUAAAUGGCCCUUUGUUUUAUUUUUAUUUUCUAAAAAAAAA